AGGUGCAUGCUGGUCUGCGUCUGACGGUGACGGGCUCGCGGCGAAAUGCGGCGCUGCAGACGGCGAUUGACGUCAUUGGCCCGGACGACGUGAUUGCGGUUGGCGGGACGGGCAACAAGAUCAUGCUUGUGCUGCAAGGGCAGGCCGACUGCUACGUCAACAACACCGCCGGCACAAAGCGCUGGGACACAUGCGCAGGAGAGGCCCUCAUCCGCGCUUUCGGCGGCACACUCACAGAUGUGAACGGGGCAGCGUAUCGGUACGUGCCCGCCGCCCACGAGCACCUCGUGAACCAAAACGGCAUCAUAGCAGCACUGCACGCACCGCACGCCGCCCGCGCACAGGAGGCCGUGUCGCACUGCACCACCACCGCCGACAUCACGCGUGACCCUGACGGCAAGCCGAUUGACGUUGCGUGGCUGCGUGCAAAUGUGCGCGUGCCCCAUGCGGAACUGAUUGCGUCAUUUGACGCCCCGGAAGAAAGUGCCGUCCGCUCACGUCACAGUCACGUUGUGAAGCUGCACCUGCGCUACCGAGCGGCGGACCUCAAGUCCGUUGACGAGUCCUCCCUCGUCCGUGUGUUGCUGUUGAAGCGCUGUGUUGCUAGGGACCUCAGUGCACGUGCCCCUGAAAAGCUCGCACGUGACGUCAAGUCCUACGCAAACGAAGCAAACUUCGUGCGGGAGCUGAGUGCGCUGCUUCAUGACGAGGGCGGCGUGCAUGUUGCGUCACCGUACUACACGUUCACAGACGUUCACAGCGACGAUCCUACCGCUUGUCGCUUCCUCACCAUCGUCGAGAGCCUCGAAAACUUUGAGCAGUUUUCCUUCCUGGACUUCUCGCGUGCGUGUGCUGCUCUGGAUCAGCUUGCGCGCUUCCACGCGUUCUUUCUCCAGCGAGACGAUGCACGACUUACGGCGCAGCGGCACCUGUGGCAGCACGGCGGACACUGGGACACAGACAAGAUCCCGCACGGCUCGGCCGAAAUUGCAAAGACAGACGAGGAUGAGAUGAACCGUGGCAUGUACAUUCGCCGCAUGGACGCGCUCGAGUGGCUGCUGCAGCGCGCCUCCUCCCUCAUCGACCAACGCAACAAGGACUGA